AUGCAUCAUGAGAUCCAUUCUGGGUCGAUUCUGGGCCUAUCUCUUCCCAAACCGCUCGCGGGCAUCCCGUACAACAGAGAUGCUGCUCAGAAGCUAUUUGGCGACGUGCCUGAGAUGAUGGGAUAUGUCAUCAAGACCAAACGCAUUUUCUGCUGGCUGACGUCGCUCACCACUCGGCACCAAAGCCCCAUUAUCCAGGCUUUCAUCAAGCCCUUCUCACUGCCAUGGGUAGUCGUCACGGAUCCCUUCGAAAGCCAAGAUAUCCUGCUGCGGCGGACCAAGGAAUUUGACCGAUCUGGUUUCUUUGGCGACCUGAUCAACGGGAUCCUGCCGGAGCAGCACAUCCAGUUUCUCUCGUCCGACGACCGCUUCAAGAAGAACCGAAACCUGAUCAACCACCUGAUGGCGCCCACAUUCAUCUCGCAGGUCUCGGCCCCCGAGGUCUACAAGGCCUCAACCACCAUGAUCAAAGUAUGGCACCUCAAGUGCGAUCUGGCGCAGGGACGGCCGUUUGCUGCACAUGGCGACAUCACCUCGCUCGCGCUCGAUAGCAUCUUUGCCAGCUCGUUCGGCCUGCCAGAGGCCGAGAGUAACACCUACCAGCGGCUGGAGAUGAUACAGCGGUGGAAGCCCGACCCGUCGCCGCCCGAGAAGAGCAACGUAGAUACUCCCGUGCAGUUCCCAGAGAACGCCAGCGUGCCUGAGAUCUUCUCGGCGGUCCUGAUGCUGGCCAACUCGGUCACGGAUACUCAGCUGUCGCCCGUGCCACGCCUGACAUCUUGGGUGAUCCGCAAGUUCCCUUAUAUGCGCAAGGCAACGGCAAUCAAGGACAACUAUAUCCGUGGCAAGACGGAAGAAUGCAUUGCGCUCAUUGAAGCGGGCCAGACGCAACCGCGCAGCGCGCUACACAGCGUAUUGCUCCGCGAGCGCGAUAUCGCCGGCAAGGAGGGUCGGCCACCAGCAUAUCGACGACGCGGCAUUGCAGACGAGUUCUUCGGCUUCAUGACGGCAGGGCAUGAUACCAGCGCGACGACAGUUGCGUGGGGUGUGAAACUACUGGCUGACCAUCCCGAGUCCCAGGACAAGCUGCGCAGGGAGCUCCGCGCCGCGCUGCCUGGUGCUGCGAGGGAGAAGCGCACCCCGACGUAUGCAGAGCUGGCGACCACGCACGUCCCGUUUCUGGAUGCGGUGGUCGAGGAGGUUUUGCGGCAUGCCAACACGAUCGCGUUCGUGGUGAGGCGCGCCCUGACUGAUACGACCGUGCUGGGGCGGCGCAUAUCUGAGGGUACUGACGUCUUCCUCAUGGCGAACGGUGCGGGGUAUCUCGAGCCGAAUAUGAAGAUUUCCGACUCGGAACGGAGCCCUGGGGCUCGGCGGGCUGAGGCCAAGGCUCUCACGGGCGCAUGGGAGGAUGGAGAUACUGGGGUGUUCCGGCCAGAGCGGUGGCUCAAGACGGACGAGGACUCGGGUGCAGCAGUGUUUGACUCGAUGGCGGGCCCUACGCUUGCCUUUGGACUGGGCCCCAGGGGCUGUUUUGGCAAGAAGCUGGCGAUCCAGUCGCUGAAGCUGCAGUUUACGUUGCUGAUCUGGAACUUCAACCUGCUGAAGUGCCCCGAGGCUCUGAGUGGAUACAAUGCUAUCCAGAGAUUUGCCAGAGAGCCGACUGACUGCUAUGUCCGUCUGUCGAGUGCUGCUUUUUGA